AUGCCACCUCCGCAGUCAACUUGGGCCACUCGACGGAUAUUGGAUGGACCCAGCGUUGAUAAAAUCAUCUCGGCGCUGACCAACACUGCUGUCGCUCAGUUUGAUCGGACACAAGCACAGAUUGCUGUUCUGGGACCAUUCUCUGUUCUGUCGUUUCCCCAUCCCAAGACCGACCCUCCAUCACUGCCUCCAGAGAACCUCCCGAUAACCUCAGAUGUAUGGCCAAUCUGGCCGUUGGACCAGGAAAGUCGGUCUUUGUUUCAACACUAUGUCUCGGUCAUCUCGUCCAAAAUGAUGCCAUUUGAGGAUUCUCGGAACCCAUGGAAGACCCGAUAUCCAUCCAUGGCGCUGAGUGAUGAUUCGGCAGUAUAUCUGGCCAUCCGUCACGCCAUUCUCAGUCAAGCAGCUGCCCACUUCGAGAACAUUGGCUAUCGCACAGAGCACAUGAAAGUACUGGCCAUGGGCCAUUAUUCGGAGAGCCUGAAGGCAUUGUCAACCUACCUGAGCGAGACGACGGAAUACGACUAUGGCGCUGUCCUCGCGAGUAUCCUCUCCCUGAUCAUGGCAGAGACUUAUGGAGGAGGCUCGGUCGCAUGGCGAUAUCACUUGAAAAUUGCCUGGGAUUUGGCCACAAAAUCUCUCCCACAGAAACCCUGGCUCUUUUCAGAGACCGCUUGGUUGACCACGCAAAGCCUCUGUAUGCUAAAGUUACGGAUGUCGAUCGAGUUGGACCUGGAUGAUGCACCCACAGAGCACGAGAGAGAUCACGUCAGUUGGGAGGAAAUCGUCGAGCCAAAAAGUGACACUCAUGUCUUCCAAGACAUGAUCGCCUCGGUAUCAAGCAGACUUGAAUUUGGUUUCACCGUUGGUGCGGCCCCUCAAGCUGCGGAAGGGCUCAGUGAAGCUGUGACCCUGAUCCGCCAGGUCAAAAGGCACGGAUUGUCCGAGGUUUACCGGUCGAAAAUCAACAAGCUCACAGAGAGAUUGUCUGCUCUGGCGACGGGGCAGGCCCAGUACUCCACGAGCCUUCGAGAUACCCAUCAAACCAUCUUUACCUUGGGCAUCAUUAUUUUCAUUCAACGCCAGACCAUCAACCCGGCCCCCAGCGCCCUCACUCCAUACUCCUCUCGGCUUUUCGCAUGCAUCCAAAACAUUGACGCGCGUCUCUCAUGUGACCAGCCAGCCGACAGAAUAAACAGGGAUAGUUCCCACGUCUCGCUGUGGCCGGUAUUUCUGGCUGCGGUGGAAUGCUUUCGGCCGCAAGAGCUGCGAACUGCCCGAUCUUGGCUGGGGAAGUUGGGCAAAAGCGGCAUCGGCAAUAGAGGCGAUGUGUCGAAGGUGGUGCAGGGGGUUUGGAAAGAGCGUAGACGGAGAUACUACCUUCAAGUAGGUGUCAUUAGUGAGGCAGAAGAUGUUGAUGACGAUGAAGAUGAUUAUGACGACUUGGUCGACAUCGACGGUAUAGGCCAGAUCAUCGUCGAUUGGCGGGAAGUGAUGAGGGUACAGGGGGUUGACAUUCUUCUCGUGUAG